AGGCGGCCCGGAAAGGGAAGGCGGCCGCAGCCGAGCAGGGUGGAGGGUCCGGCUCCGCUCUGCACGACCAGCCCGACGGACACCGCGCAGAGCAGAAGGUGGAGCCCGCGGUGCAGGACAUAGCCAGGUCCCUCGAUUUGCUCCCCGAGGAGGUUAAAGGGAUACCCGAAAAGAUGAGUAACGGGGUGAAAAUAGUAAUAGAGAAGCACCGCGCCAGGGUGAUCAGGGAGAAGAGCGGUUCCAGCGGCAGGGACGCUCCAGCAGGAAGCGCCCGCACACGCAGGUCGCCCGUGGAAGGGCCGGAUCCGGGCAGCGCUGCUGGCCACGCUGACACAGCCCAGCCUGACCCGCAGGAGGGAAUAACUGUAACAGAAACCCCAAACACACAGACACGCGGCCUUGGAGCUGUGGAGAAUGCGUCUGCAAGCGCAAAGGGGGCAAAAGGCAGUAGUUUAAAGGCCACAAGAAUACAUGUACUUCAAGAUGCCCCUGAAGCUGGCUGCAGAAGUAGCCCCUGUGACCUCGUUCAGCAGGAGGUAAUAGACAAAAGCGUGACAGAAGAGAAGCAGAUGUACCGAGAAGUUGGUGUGGAAUAUAAAGCUCCUCUUUCUGCUUUGCAUACCAAGAGCCUCCAUCUGUCAGUGAUGGAGGGUUUCAGAGGUCACAGUGAAGGGACAUCCAAAAAUUACCUAACCAGCAUACAAAAGCUUCAAGAGAGCAAGAAGCAGAUGGCUGUAGCUCCCGAGCCCAUCCUGAAUGCGAGGAGGGACACCGAGCUGGCGUCGCACCAGCUCUCGCUCCACACCUCCAAAAGCCAACCCAUCUGUCUAUCCCAGGCCUCUGGCAGGAGCGCGGCGAUGGGUGCCACGGGUUUAGAGUGGUUUCCAGACUUCUAUCCUAAUUACGAUGGGUUGAGUAUUUUUCCAGGGAAGCCUUUCCAAGAAAAUGUGCGGAUCACAAUGAAGACACCAAAAAGUAACUUUGCAAAGGGCCGGCAAGGUCCCCUCUCAGCACAGCCUCUGAUGGAUGUAAAGCUGGGGGAGCUGCCUGCGUGGCUGACCACCUGCGACCUUUCUCUCCGGGGGCUGCUUGGAGGAGUGCAGAAAGGCUGGAGCAGCUAUUACGACAAGUACAUCAACGUGAAAAGGGGUGGACCAGCUGGGAUCUCCAUGCUGCUGGCUGGAUACUGCCUCCUCAGCUAUGGCUGGAACUACCAGCACAUCAAGUGUCAUCGCUGGCGUAAAUACCACUGAAGAGGCUGGAACAGCACCCAAGGAACGGUCACGAAUAUUUGACUGGGAGCAGAAGGGCUCACAACCAGUGUCCCAGUGGGUUCAAAUCUGCAGAGGCCCAUUGACCAUCAGAGAGAGUUUCUUUAAUUGUUGAGGGGGCUGCUUUUCACUUACCCUCCUGUAGGCAGGGGCGUGACACUGACACUAACAGCCUGUGGUCGCUGCUCUGUGGUUCAAGGUAGCGUUUAGUGCUCAAAGUGUUGGAGCUGCCUCUCAGAGGUCUGUGUGCAGCAGAGCUCCUGGAGCCUGCAGAAGCCCCAAUCUCUCAUUUUGGGACCCCAGAAACAACAGCUCCUUGACCUGGGCUGUUAAUAUAGACCAAUCGAUGUGUUAUGUUGUAGUCAGAGUGUUUGGCAGGAAGGUUUGUGAAGGUUAUGGCAGGGUGAGCUGCGGCCAGAACCACCAUUCCCUUGAAGUUAGUGGAGUUAACACCCGGCACAGCCCAUCUUUGACUUACCCCUCUCCACAGCAAGUGUGUUGGCAGGAGCAGGGUCAUCCCUUGCACAAAGGGCCCCCAGCCCCCCUCUUUGCUGUCAGCACGGCACUGGUGGGACUGCCCAGGCUCUGCAGGAAGGAAGGAUCUCUGCACAGGCAUUAAAGCAGCAGCACUCAGACCGCAGCGCCCUAUUUCUGGAGGAAGAAAAUCCAUUGGAUUAGCUGUUGUGCCCAAAGGGCAAAGCGAUGGCUGCCUCAGACAAACAAGGACAGUUAGAGCACUAGUUGUAGCCUGCCAUCACCAAACAUGUCUGGAAAAGGGUUGGUCAUGUUACAGGCAUGAAGGGUAAAAAAAAAAAAAAAGCACCCAAGAAAAAUCUGAAUUCUUUAUUCAAAUAGAGUGCAGUAGUACUGUGUCAGAGGUGUUUCACCACAAACUCCCUCUUGCCAGCAAUAAAAGCCUUUGUGAAUUUUCCUUUC